CCGGUGCAGGCGGCCGCCUACUGCCCAGGCCACCCGGCCUCCAGCCUGGCCGUCCAGGCGGCCGCCUGCAGGGCGCUACAAGCCGCCGGGCCCGCGCGACCAGCAGGACCCUGGGAGAGACCGGGCCUCCCGGCACUGCUGGCGUGCUUUUCCUGGGGUCCCUGGAGCCGGGGGAAGGAUCCAGAUGCCACCUCCCCCGGUGACCCAGCUCAGGAUCACCUCCAGGACCCUGAGGAGAAGCUGGUACUGACAGCCAUAUGUCCCAACGGAGACUGUGAGGACCCCGGGAAGGGGCCGAGAGCCUGUGAUGGACUGGUCCAUACUCCUGCAGAUCCCGUUGGAGAUUCGAGAUGAGGGCUGGACGGCUGGGCUACCCGCGCUCUAACCUGCACGCUGGGGACUGGCUCCUUCUCACUGAGCCCCCUUGCCUCCAUGUUGACCUUGGAAUGGUGGUAGCUUCAAAGGCCCCACCUGUAAGGGGACUGCUGCGUUGAACCAGCUAGGAAAACUUAUUUUCCUGGAACCUGCCCCCCACCUCACAUUUGCUCACUCUCUGAUCACAGUGAGGUUAUUUGGUCUUUCUGUACUUCAGUUUUCCUACUCACUGGGACAGAUGGCUGUCUUCUUUGAGGGUCUAUGGUUCUGUGGCAGCCCAUGGUGUGUUUGCAUUAGUAUCCAUCAUUUCAAGUGCAUCUGGAAAGGACUCUGGACCAGAAGUCAUCAGAUCGGGGGGGGGGGUGGCCUUGGACAUGUCAUUGAACUUUUAGGGGCUUGUGUUUGUGAAACAGACAAGUGUUUGUGUUUCUCAAACACAAGCCCAGGGGCUCUCAACCAAGAGCUAGGCUGCCGUUCCAGGCAGCAAUAGAAACUUGUGUGGGUGAGUGUGAGAGUGUGUUUUGAGGGGGGGGUGGUUACUGUGACUAUGAGGUGCCCCUGGCACUUAGUGCGUUUCUCACAACAUACGGGACAAUCUCCAACAGCAAAGACUUGUUCCACCCAAAUUGCCCAUCAUGGCUCCUUCGAGAAACUGGAUGAGCCAAUCCCUUUUCCCUGUGAAAUUCUAGGAAGUGUGUGACCCCCGCCCCCAGCAGAGAGGGUUGGGCUUCCUGAGACCUUGGCUCCCAGCAUAAAGACUACACUGCUGCCCUGGGGGCCUAUUGGGUCAGAGCCAAGACAGCCACCUGCUUUGCAUGCUCCCUUUCUUCAUGUUGACGUUGACUUCCUAUGCCAAAUCCUUUGAAAAUAAGGAUGCUGGGAAGUGCUCAUGGCACCAAACAAGAAAGGUAGGAGUAUGGAUUACAAGGACAUGGGACUUUCUUUCGAUCUCAGGCCCUUGUCCAAGGUCAAAGCAGACCCAGCCCAGAGGUGCCAAGUUCCUGAAUCCUUUUUCCUCUGUUUAUGAGUCAGACAGGGUUGAUGAUGUUCCCUUAAAAGCCAGGAGAGCCAUCUGUUCACUCGUAGAAGGAACUCUGCAUUAACUCCCUUGCCUUCCUCGCCUGCCCCUGGAGAAAUGAAGUCUUUGGAAUGGCGAGAGCAGCUCCUGAUUUUCCCUGGUAGGAAGCACUAUCUAAGGGAAGUAGCUAAAUUCAUUCCUUCAUGCACGAUUUGCUCGGCAGACAUGCAGCUGGGCUACUCUCUGCCCAGGGUUCUACAAGGUGCUGCAUACCUUCCAAUAGUUACUUCGGCUUUCAUCUCUGGUACCAAAAUGUGGAAUUGGAAACCUGUGGCUGAGGGGCUGUGUGAUAUCAAGGAGGGUCCCUCCUGGCUCUGUGCUUCAAUUUAUUCUUCAUAAUAAGCAGCCUAAUUCUGUCCCUUCUCUGCCUCAUGGGGAUAGCGUGAGGGCAGGCAGGGUGUCAUCGUAUUUGGGGUUGGUUAGCAGCAGGUGUCGUUUUAAUAUUGCAAAGCUGUCUCACCAAUAGGUAGACCCAGCUGACCUCCUACACGAGAGCGAAUUCAAUGAAUUACCGUUGAUUUUGUUUUAAAAUGGGGAGACUGGUGUUUUCGAAGCUGCUAUAUUUUUCUAUUUCUCUGUUAAUUUCUUUGUAAUAAUUGGGUCAGAGUUGUAUUAUUUGGUGUGGGGGGGGAGCUUUUAUUAAGGUAGGAAAUUCUCUAAGGCAGAAGUUACAAGGCACAGCCUCUACUGUGUUUAAAAACCUUUUGUAUUUGUUGCCAAUAUUUGAAACUUGAGAGAUUGCACAUAAAAAAGCUAGCUUUCUGGGUGGAGGAUGGGGCAUGCCAUCAUGUCCAGUUCGCUGCAACCCCCCUCCCCUGAUUGGAGCCCCCUUCCCACCCAUCUAAUCCACCUCUCUACUUUACUUCACUCGUACAUGCCACCUGCCUGGUCCCAGUGGACAUUCGAGUUUGCAAGCCUGUGGGGUAAAGAGUGGAUUACAUAUAACUUUUUCAUUAUUUUCAGUGUCUCUGGUGACUAGCUGAAGAGAGAAGGUCUUUCCUGAGAUUUGUGUUCUGCUUCGCAACCGGGAAACACAGGACUGAGAUUCUCUGGGGCCCCGGUUGGCUUUCUUGACACAUGGCUAUGUGCGAUCUUUUUAGGAAUAAUCUAGUUGGUAUUUUCUAGCAGACACAAGAGUUAGAGGCCGGAAGGGAUGACCUUGGUGGUAGGUCUCUUCCCCAAGGACUCCUAUAAGGCAUGAAGAUUGUGGUGGGCCUGUCUGCGAAUAGAGGCCCCGGGUUAGGUCAGUGAUACCAGGAGCCACUGGUGAGGGCCUCCGGUCAAGUCACAGUCUGGGCUGGUGGGUAUUAAUCCUUCUAAUAUGGCAGGAGUUGUGCUGUUUCUGACUUGACUCAAUAAUUCCUUAUAUCUAAUAAAACCAAACAGUACCUCAUUGCUGUCUAUCAAAACCA